AUGGCGAUUACUAAUGACAAUACUUGGCUGGCCGACAUGGUCGGAGACAUAAGCGGGAAGAUUGAAGGAUUCUACAUGGAUGUGGAAGAUGUCAUGUGCAUGGACGCGGUGAAUUAUGUUGAGAGCAAGCUAAAGAAGGUGGGUGCCGAUGUGAGAAGCUUUUGCUUGGAGUUCGUGCAAGAAGUUUUCACCUCGUCUCUGGAGCAGGCGAGUGAAGAGGUACUGUCCGAUAUGCCUCCGUUGGAAAGCUCUGAUAGCGACACAACAGCUGACACUACUAAAGGAGACUAUCUCAAAGAGGGAUCUCGUAGUAUAAACAACAACUCCGACGGGGACUCUGAGAGCUGUGGUGACGCCACACAACAUGUGCCAAUCUCUCAAGCUAAAGCAACGCCAUUGAAGUCUGAGGACGGAUAUGAAUGUGCCUCUUUGAUGGAAGGACUUGGGGACGAUUUCAAUGAUUUGGAUACGUGCGUUGACAGCAGAAGUACAGUCAAGUCACUUUAUUGUGUUAGUCCAGAAGAACAUGGAAGCAUCAUUCCUAAGGUCACUUCCUCAUAUGAAUUUGUAGAAGCAAUCGGAUCGGAUAGCUUAGCUCAAGAGCCCCAGUCCGUCAUUGAGUUGAUCAAGCUUGAUGAGAGCUGCAUCAUUGUAGAGACCAGAGAACUUUGUUCGGCUCAUAACGAGAUAACUGAACAAAGAACAAUACAGAACAAAGUUUUGGAGAAUAUGGCAUCCGCGAUGAGGGACUAUGAGUUUGAUGAAUCUGAAUGGGAGAUCAUAUAGCUGAAUAUCGAUAAUUAUCGGAAGCAUCGCGGGUACUUAAAUUUAAGUAUCAUUAGUGCAGCAUCAACAAAACGAGAGUUCUCAGACAUCCGGCUACUGGAUUUUCUACUAGGAUAUUGGGGUAUUGAUAGUCUUGUUCUUUUUGCCAAGGGCAAGUUUGUUUUCAUCAAAUUUUCCCCAUACACCUAUACUUUUAAUUUUUUGUUUUCUCUAUAUGAUAUCUUUUUUUUUUGGUCGAAACUCCAUAUGAUAUCUUGA